GCCCCGCCUUGGAGCCCGCCCAGGAGCCCGCCCACGACCCGCACUCGUGCUGUGCUGGAAUCAAACGGGCGGGCGUCAUCGCGCAAACGACAAUCGGCGUAGGAAUCCUCAGCACAAGCUCCCAGCCUGCGACGCCCGUCAAUCGACCUCCACCACGCUCCCACCCAUACACCUCGGACGCCCCGAACCGCCAUGGCCAACAACCCCGGAAAGCCCACAGGCAAGGAGCCCGGGCUGCGAUACCCAUCCAACGGCAAGACCAUCUACCACAGGCCAUUAAACCGUGGCAAGACGGCCGAGCUGAGCCAGGCCAGCUUCGCGUACCUGUUUGCCGAGAUGGUGACCUAUGCACAACGGCGCAUCACCAACAUCCAAGACCUGGAGAAGCGACUCAACAUGCAGGGCCACCCCAUCGGCGUCAAGCUCCUCGACCUCCUCCUGUACCGCGAGCCGGCCAAGACGCAGGCGCGGCCGCUCAACAUUAUCGCGCUGCUGCACCUGAUCCAGCGCAACGUGUGGACGCACCUGUUCGGGCGCCAGGCCGACCGGCUCGAGCGCAGCAGCGACGCCGACCGGCCCGACGAGUACAUGAUCGUCGACAACGAGCCGCUCGUCAACGCCUACAUCAGCGUGCCCAAGGACAUGUCGCAGCUCAACUGCGCCGCCUUCAGCGCGGGUGUCAUCGAGGGCAUCUGCGACGGCGCCGGCUUCCCCGCCCGCGUCACGGCCCACACGACUGGGUCCGCCGAGGAGCUCGAGAUGUGGCCGGGCAGGACCGUGUUCCUCGUCAAGUUCGCGUCCGAGGUCGUCGAGCGGGAGAACUACCUGCCCAAGAGCUGAGGGUCUUUUUUGGGGGUGAGCGCUGGCGGGCAAAGACGAAGACGAAGCAUGAAUUUUUGGAUUGGUUUUGGUUUUUAUGAUGCUUGGUUGGGCAUAGGCGUGGCGUUUCGGUGGUUCAUCGUUAUCCUACUGUAGAAUGGGAUUUUCCUUUGCACGAUAACGUAGGCGCGGAACUUGGAGUUACUGCAAACCCAAACAGGUAUAGAGAGAAUUAGGCUUGGUGACGCCCUGAUGACACGAGGCACAGAAAAUAGUCAACAGCGUCUGUCCUCCAAAACGAAAUGGGUAUCGGUUGUAUCGCUCAUUGCUCCCCCAAGACAUGAUGUAUCAUAAAACGCUGUCCAAUCAUCUUCACCACCUCCUCCCCAGCCACGCCACAGAC